CCUCAACAUCACGCUUUCACUAUACGUGGGAAUACGUUUAUUAAAUCUUCCGAACAUAACCAUGGCUCUUCUGUCUUCAUAUAAAUGAAUGGAGCUCGAGUCGGGACGAACAGGACUUUCGCAGGUGUCAAAAAAUCAUGAUGCGAGCCCUUCUGUUAUUCUUAACUCUUGGAGUCGCUUCCGCGGAGGAUGGCUUGGCUGCGUGGCUACGAUACGCUCCGCUACCUGGAGUUGCCAAGUCUGAGGGCUCAAUUCCAUCAAACAUUGUGGCUCUCAAUGCGACGACAACCAGCCCCGUCUAUACAGCGGGGUUGGAGCUACAGAAAGGAAUUCAAGGCAUCUUUGGCAAACAAGUAUCCAUCACUCAUCAGAGUAUCGAAUCACUUUCAACCGUCGUGGUUGGGACCGUUGAUGCUUAUGCUCAAGAAUAUGGCCUCGAUGACGACGACACAGCAGACCUCGAGGCGGAUGGUUUCUGGCUCAGUACGUUAAACGGCACAAUUCAGAUUCUUGGACAAAAUGAAAGAGGGGCUCUUUACGGCGCCUUUGAAUACCUGUCAAUGCUUGCUCAAGGAAACUUCUCCCAGGUGUCCUACAUAUCCAAUCCCAAUGCUCCAAUACGCUGGGUCAACCAGUGGGACAAUAUGGAUGGGAGUAUCGAACGUGGAUAUGGUGGUCCGUCCAUUUUCUUUCAAAAUGGUCUCAUCGUCAACGAUCUGAGUCGCGCGGAGGAUUAUGCACGUCUUCUAGCUUCUGUACGCAUCAAUGGUGCAAUCAUUAAUAACGUCAAUGCCAAUGCUUCCCUUCUCACGCCGCAGAAUAUUGCUGGACUUAAACGGGUCGCAGAUGUGUUUCGGCCCUAUGGCGUUCAGCUGGGAAUCUCGCUCAACUUCGCAUCGCCACAGUUAUUAGGCAAUUUGAGCACUUUUGAUCCACUCGAUGCUUCAGUAAUUGAUUGGUGGACGAACAUCACGGACCAGAUCUAUGAAGCAGUCCCAGAUAUGGCGGGAUACCUCGUGAAGGCUAAUUCGGAAGGGCAACCAGGCCCGAUAACCUACAAUCGCACGCUUGCCCAAGGAGCGAAUCUCUUCGCCAAAGCUCUUCAACCCUAUGGAGGGGUUGCGAUGUUCCGUGCUUUCGUCUACAACCAACUCAAUGAGUCUGACUGGCGAGCUGAUCGAGCCAAUGCUGCAGUUCAGUUCUUCAAGGAUCUGGAUGGACAAUUUGAUGAUAACGUGGUUGUCCAAAUCAAAUACGGACCAAUCGAUUUCCAAGUCCGAGAACCAACUUCGCCUUUAUUCGCCAACCUGCUUCAGACAAACACGGCUAUUGAGCUUGAGGUUGCUCAAGAAUACCUAGGUCAACAAUGUCACCUUGUGUACCUUGCCCCGCUUUGGAAGACUGUCCUGGAUUUUGAUCUCAAAGUUGACAAUCAGUCGUCUGUCGUCAGCGACAUCAUUUCUGGUAAACGCUUUAAUCGCCCCCUGGGUGGUUCAGCAGCAGUUGUGAAUGUUGGAACCAAUAACACUUGGCUUGGUAGCCAUCUUGCUAUGUCUAACCUCUACGCGUACGGCCGUCUUGCAUGGGCACCAACCCAGGAUCCCGAAGCUAUCCUCCAAGAUUGGACUCGUCUCACAUUCAGUCGCGAUCCAACAGUUCUCCGCGCCAUCACACAAAUGUCAAUGGAAUCUUGGCCAGCGUACGAGAACUACAGCGGAAAUCUCGGAGUCCAGACGUUGACGGAUAUCCUCUACACGCACUUCGGACCAAAUCCUCAAUCAAUGGAUAACAACGGUUGGGGACAGUGGACUCGAGCUGACCACUUGACCAUCGGAAUGGAUCGCACAGUCUCAAACGGCACGGGUUUUGCAGGCCAAUAUCCACCAGAGAUCGCAGCUAUGUACGAAGAUCCCUCGACGACCCCUGAUGACCUUUUACUGUGGUUUCAUCACGUGAAUUAUACACACGUCUUGCAUUCAGGAAAGACUGUCAUCCAGCAUUUCUACGACGCACAUUACAAUGGUUCUGCGGUGGCGCAGACCUUCGUUCCGUUAUGGGAGAGCUUGAAAGGGAAGAUUGAUGAUCAACGCUACAACCAUGUCUUGUUCAGGCAAGAAUACCAGGCAGGACACUCGAUCGUGUGGCGCGACGCGAUCAGCAACUUCUAUCACAACCUAUCUGGGAUCCCAGAUACCGAAAACAGAGUGGGAAACCACCCUUGGAGAAUCGAAGCCGAGAGUAUGAGUCUGGCCGGAUAUAAACCGUAUCAGGUCUCUCCGUUCGAAAUGGCGAGCAACUACACCGCCAUUGUAACACUGACGAACAGUACUGUUGGAACCGCUGACACGACCUUGAAUUUUCCAGACGGAAAAUACGACGUUGGUGUGAAUUAUUUCGAUCUAAUUGGCGGUAUCUCGCGUUGGGAUGUCUCUCUUAAUAACAACAGUAUUGCGUCAUGGACGGGGAAUCUAGAGAACGUGCUAGGCCAUGCUCCAAGUAUAUAUCUUGAUGGCCACUCGGCGACUCGGAAGACGAUCCGUGGUGUGCAGGUUAAGAAAGGAGAUGUGUUGAAGAUUGUCGGGACGCCGAAUGGGAUCGAACCGGCGCCUUUGGAUUACGUUGUGUUCCUGCCUGAGGGCGUUCUGGACUAAAAUCGAUAUUGAACAUCUUAUGUUGUAUAUAAAGAGUAUACUUGCG